UCCGCUGUCAGUGUGUGAAUCAGAUGGCAAAAGCAGGUCAGCAUUUCCUUCAACUUUUAAUCUAUUUGAUUUCAUUAAAAUCCCUGACUGAAUUUUGUGUGUAUUUGUAUGUAUUUUGUCUGUAUCUGAAAGAAUGUUUGUUUUAAUUUAAUGUCAUUUGAUCCACUGGAAGUAAAUUAAAGUACAGGAAAGUCUCCGUCUCAUGCCCGAGACCAAGACAACUAUGAGACGUAUCAAUCCACAGAAAUCACCGGGGCUACGAGGGAGCAGAUGAGAAAAACAUGGAGGAAAAGAUUGUUGCUGAUGAAACAGACGACCUUCUUCGAGAGUUAGUUCCCUCUAUUCAAGCCACGGUUCAUCAUUUUCAACCCAGCUACACCGCUCAGACCGGAGGCAGUGUGGUCGCUCCCUCCAUCAUUGGUUCUAGCGUUGGCACCAUAAACAUCAAUGUCUUCUCAACGAGCCGAGGGUCUAUUGUUUCAUCGAAAGAAGAAUUGAACUAUGACACUGCAGACAACUGUGGUGACCUGCAGCCCCAAAACGAUAAGAUUGCACAAUGUCAAGAGACACUAAAAGCUACUCUGAAGAGAAAGUUCAGCCAUUUGUACGAGGGGAUGACGAAGGAAGCAAACAGGAUACCUCUCAAUAAGAUCUACACAGAGCUCUACAUCACUGAGGGAGGAAGUGGUGAGGUCAACAAGGAGCACGAGGUGAGACGGAUUGAGACGGCAUCCAGGACACAUGUGGCCCAGGAGAGAUCCAUCCACUGCAAUCACCUCUUUGAUCCUCCACCUGGACGGGACCACUACAUAAGAACUGUGAUCACAAGGGGAGUCGCCGGCAUCGGAAAAACCGUAUCUGCCAAUAAAUUCACUCUAGACUGGGCUGAGGGGGAAGCAAACACCAACCUGGCGUUUGUAUUUCCUCUCUCUUUCCGUGAGCUGAAUCUGAUGAGGAAGAAAACCUUCAGUCUAGUGGAGCUUCUCAGUGUCAUUUUCCCCGAAACAAAAGACACAGGAAUCUUCACUUAUGGUAAAAACAAAAUGCUCUUCAUCCUGGACGGGCUGGACGAGAGCCGCCUGUCUUUGGACUUCCACAAAAGUGAAAUACUGUCUGAUGUGACGCAGACGACCACGAUUGCGGUGCUUCUGAUCAACCUCAUCAGGGCAAGGCUGCUUCCUUUGGCUCUUGUUUGGAUAACAUCUCGCCCUGCAGCUUCCGGUCAGAUCCCUCUGGAGUACGUUGAUCUAGUGACAGAGGUGCGAGGGUUCAACAACCCCCAGAAAGACGAGUACUUCAGGAGGAAAAUCAGUGACGAGAGCUUAGCAAACAGGGUGAUCGCGCAUGUGAAAUCCUACAGGAGUCUUCACAUCAUGUGCCACAUACCAGUCUUCUGCUGGAUGGCGGCGAGUGUUCUUGAGAAGAAGUUGUCCACGGCAGACAGUAAAGAGACGCCAAAGACCCUCACUCAAAUGUACAUACACUUCUUGUCCUUGUACGUGGAUACCAUGAAGAAGAGGCUUCCUGGGAGAAGAGAGUCAAAAACUGACUGGAUGAGAGAUAACCUCAUCUCGCUGGGUAAACUGGCAUUCAAGGAGCUCGAGAAGGGCCACCUGAUCUUCUAUGAGAGUGACCUCAAACGGAACGGUAUAGAAGUCAGCCAGGCGUCCAUGUUCUCAGGAGUCUACACGCAGAUCUUCAAUGAGGAGCUGGCGCUGUGCGAGGAGAAGAUGUUCUGCUUUGUGCACCUGAGCGUCCAGGAAUUCUUUGCUGCGCUGUACGUUUACCUCGCGUUCAACAACGAAAACAACAACGUCUUGGUCAAGAAGUCGUCUGCUUCCAGACGUUUCCUGUUCAGAGAUCCGUCAGAGCUCAUCCUCUACAAAGAAGCAGUAGAAAAGGCUUUGCGGUGUGAAAAUGGACAUUUUGACAUCUUUCUGCGCUUCCUUUUGGGCUUGUCUAUGGAAUCAAAUCAGACUCUGUUGAAGCAUCUAAUGACCAGCAACAGAACACACCAAAGAACAAGAACGGAGAUCAUUAAACACAUAAAGUGGAGAAUCCAGGAAAGUCUGUCCCCAGACAGAUGCCUAAAUCUCUUUCACUGUCUCAAUGAGCUGAACGACCACUCUCUCGUGAAGGAGAUUCAGAACUACCUCAGCGAGGGCAGUCUCAACAAAACCAAACUUUCACCUGCCCAGUGGGCCACUCUGGUCUUUGUAUUGCUGACAUCAGAAGAGGAACUGAGUGUGUUUGACCUGAGCAACUACACCAGGUCAGAGGAAGGUCUUCUUCGGCUGCUGCCUGUCAUUAAAACAGCCAGAGUGGCAAAUCUACAUGCAUGUAAUCUCACUUUGAGUUGCUGUGAAAACCUGGCGAAGGGCAUCAACCCAUCACAGGUUACAGAGCUGGACCUGGGCAACAACAACCUGACAGAUGACGGAAUAAAACUGCUCUCUGAAGGACUGAAGAACAGAAAAUUGGAGACACUCAGACUGAGGAGCUGCAACUUAACAGAGCACAGCUCCGAUGCUCUGGCCUCUGUUAUCAGCUCAGCCUCCUGCCAGCUGAAAGAAUUGGACCUCUCUGACAAUGACUUUCAGGACAAAGGAGUCAAAGCUCUCUCUUGUGGACUGGAGAGUCCUCACUGUAAACUGGAAAAACUCAUUGUGUCCCUGUGCAGAGUGACAGAGAAAGGCUGCACCUUCCUGGCAUCUGCUUUGAACUCAUCCCGCCUGAGAGAGCUGGACCUGAGCUACAACCACCCGGGAGAGUCGGGCCUGCAGCUGCUGUCUGCUCUGCAGAACGACCCACAAUGCAGCCUGCAGGAACUCAGUGUGGAGCAGUGUGAUGAAUCCAGAGCACAGCCAGCUCCAAAGAAAUACACCAACAAACUCACCCUGGACCCAAACACAGCUCACAGAGACCUGUCUCUGUCCGAGGGAAACAGGAAAGCGUUGCGUUGGACCAAGCAGCCGUACCCUGAUCACCCAGAAAGGUUUGAUUUCUGGACUCAGGUGUUGUGCACGGAGGGGCUGACUGGCCGCUGCUACUGGGAGACAGAAUGGAGUGGGAGAGCUUUCAUAGGAGUCGCCUACAGAAGGAUGUGCAGGGAGGGAGAGGGUCAGGACAGCUGGUUAGGCAAAAAUGACUGUUCCUGGGGACUAAACUGCACCAAAGACGGCUACAGGGCCUGGCACAAGGACAUGAACACUGCUGUAACCACCCCACCCAACACUAAUAAAGUAGGAGUCUAUCUGGACUGGUCAGCGGGGGAACUGUCCUUCUUCAGGGCGUCCUGUGGUGCACUGACCCUCCUCCAUACCUUCCACACCACCUUCACUGAGCCCGUCUACCCAGGGUUUCGUCUUGGCUGGGUUGACUCCACAGUGUUCUUGUGCUAGAUAUUACCUGGCAGUGUUAAGGUGGUCAAAACCACCUAAACCCAAGUCACUGUAAACCACUUCCUUGUAUAUUGGCAGCACAGUCGCCAGCACGUUGCUGUUUUUCUAUUUACAAUAAACUACUGUAAUUGUAGUGUAAUGCUAUUAACUGUAUAUGAAACAUUAGUUUCUACUCAACAGUAUUUUAUCACAGUAUAUUGUAGCCUACUGUCAUUUUUUAAUUACUUGAAAUAAGUCUUUCUGAGACCGAGACAUUACCGAGUAAAAAUGCGAGACCUUCAGAAAGUGGUUUUGAGAUCAAGACCCAUCUCGAGUAUUACGGUUACAUAGUGACACUGUUGACAUGUAGCAUAAUGUUUUCUUUCUCCCCGUUCUUGAGCGUUAAACUUAAAGGGUUGGUUCAUCCAGAUAACUCAAGAACAAGAUUCCACCUCUAGUUGUAUCGUCAUGCACAGUUUGGGGUUUAUUUGUUCAGAAUUCCAACUGAUACUGGCUUUUUGAAGGCUGAGACCAAUACUGAUAUGGGUUUUAAAAUUCUGAUAUAUUGGUCACAAUCAACUUCUCUUUACAUAAACAUAUGUAUUUGUGUUGAAGCACAAAUGGAGAAAAUAUUCCCCUAAACCUGAACUUAUAAAACCAAAUCCAUCCGCAUGGCUACAUUUCAAGAUGAAGUGAAAAUAAUGUUUUGUAUUUUGGCAAACACUGAGGAAAAACAGCAAUAUCAAUCGAAUGUAAUUUUGAUGAAAUGUAAAAUAUGUAUACAUAUAUGUUGUAAUUAAGACACAAGAACCACCAGAGAAGGUUGAAGCAUGUGGAGUUUCACUUUUAACAAUCAUUUUAUUAGCAGUCCCAAGAGGCAAUGAAAAAAAAAUAAUUCAAAACAAAAAGGAACAGAAACUAAGAUUACAGUAGAGGUUGGACCAAUCAAAGUCAGUGACCAUACAGACGGAACAGAGGGCUACACACACACACACACACACACAAAAGUCACAUUGUUAAAAAAGGAACAGAAAGUGAUAAAUGAAGACUGAAUUUAAUCUCACAGGUAGUGUAUGUGUGUGUAUGUGUGUAUUUAUGCAUGUGUGUGUGUGUGUGUUGGCUGAUCCCUCUGUUCCUCAGCAGAAAUUCACCAGGACCGACCCCACAUUCUCUCUCUCAC